UUUUCUCUUGGUAUAAUGCACAAAUCUACAUCUUUUGAAAUUGCUUCCUGAUUCUAUAGGUCUCUUUGACUGAUUCCUUGGGAGCUAUUGGAUGGCUCUGAAACUGUAUGCAUUACUUUUUGCUUUGGAACAGAUGUCGUGGCACUAAGACCCAGAAACCGUUUGCUCUGUGUGGCUGGAGCUGGGCAGGCUGCGCUCGCACUGAAGGGAAGGAAGUCAUUAGUGCAGACUGAGCUGUGGAGUUGGGUUCUUGCAGGAUUUCCUUCCAGCCUUUUCCCACUAAGGUUCUUGGGAAUUAAAAAAAAAAAAUCUAAACACACAAACCAAGUUUUCCUAUUUACAGUGUUCAGGGAAGGUAGGCAUUUUGGGAAGGGCUGAUCCUUUCCCCAGGUUAUCCAAGAAGGAAGAGAAAACAGCGUAAAGAAGCUCUGAUUACAGAUCUUUGGAAUUUUCUUUGCUAAAUUUUACAAACGAGAAAUACACCCAGAAUUUUGGGAAUUGCUCCAGGCUGCGCGUGAGGGUUUGAUCGCUUGUCUAAUCUUUUUCUGAGAAGAGGAGAAUUCGCCAAAAAGGGUUUGGAUGGCAGGAGCCCGGCUGGGUUUCUGCAGCAGCCCGUGUUCUCCGUCUCUUCUCUGAGGGAGGGUCUCUGCCGCCGGCUUGGAGACCCCCUGCCGCAGGCUCCUUUUGCAGGCACUGGCCCGGGGGGGAAAAUGCUCCGCCCUGGCAGGAGUACGCCGGUUGCUGCUGGGACUUCCUAGCCCGCUGGGAAGUGUUUUCGUGGUUUGGGGAUACUUUCCAUUGAACUGAAGGCGAAAAGACUGGACUCUGCAGGGCUUUCCCCUUUGCAGUGAAUAUGGGAAAGAAUUAGGGGGUGGGAGGGAGGCAGCAUGACUUGCAGUCGCCGCUGCCCUGCAUCUGCCCCCAGCCCCCAGCCCGCAUCUUGAUGUUCCACGUAUCGGCUGUACAAAUAUGAUGAAAUGGCAGCCCCGGAAGAAGGCAUACUUCCGACAGGGUGUUGCCCUCCAGUACCUCGGACGUCAUGCCGAUGCCCUGGCAGCGUUUGCAUCUGGGCUGGCUCAGGAUCCCAAGAGUCUCCAGCUUCUGGUGGGGAUGGUAGAAGCUGCCAUGAAAUCUCCCAUGAGAGACUCCCUCGAGCCCACUUAUCAGCAGCUUCAGAAAAUGAAACUGGACAAGAGUCCCUUUGUGGUCGUGUCUGUGGUUGGGCAGGAACUUCUGACAGCUGGCCAUCAUGGGGCCUCUGUGGUUGUCUUAGAAGCCGCUCUGAAGAUUGGCACCUGCAGCCUCAAACUGAGAGGUUCCGUUUUCUCUGCCCUGAGCAGUGCUUACUGGUCUCUUGGAAACACAGAGAAGAGCACUGGAUACAUGCAGCAGGACUUGGAUGUAGCCAAGACCUUAGGUGACCAGACUGGAGAAUGCCGAGCUCACGGAAAUCUGGGCUCUGCAUUCUUCUCCAAAGGAAAUUACCGGGAGGCUCUCACUAACCACAGGCAUCAGUUGGUGCUUGCCAUGAAACUCAAGGAUCGAGAGGCGGCUUCAUCAGCCCUGAGCAGUCUGGGCCAUGUGUACACAGCCAUUGGGGACUACCCCAAUGCACUGGCCAGUCACAAACAGUGUGUCCUUCUUGCCAAGCAAUCCAAAGAUGAGCUUUCUGAAGCCCGAGAACUCGGAAACAUGGGAGCUGUUUAUAUUGCCAUGGGUGACUUUGAGAAUGCUGUGCAGUGCCACGAGCAGCAUCUGAAGAUAGCCAAGGACCUGGGGAACAAACGAGAAGAGGCACGGGCCUAUAGCAACCUGGGCAGUGCCUAUCACUACAGGAGGAACUUUGACAAGGCCAUGUCUUACCACAACUACGUGCUGGAGCUGGCGCAGGAAUUGAUGGAGAAAGCCAUUGAGAUGCGGGCGUAUGCUGGCCUGGGCCAUGCUGCCAGGUGCAUGCAGGAUUUGGAGAGGGCUAAACAGUACCACGAGCAGCAGCUGGGCAUUGCUGAGGACCUCAAGGACCGGGCUGCAGAGGGACGAGCAUCCUCCAAUCUGGGAAUCAUACACCAGAUGAAAGGUGAUUAUGAUACUGCACUGAAACUCCACAAGACCCACUUGUGCAUCGCACAGGAGCUGAGUGAUUAUGCUGCCCAGGGCCGUGCCUAUGGGAACAUGGGCAAUGCUUACAAUGCUCUGGGCAUGUACGACCAGGCGGUCAAGUACCACCGGCAGGAGCUGCAGAUCUCCAUGGAAGUGAAUGACCGUGCCUCGCAGGCAUCCACACACGGGAACCUUGCCGUGGCCUACCAGGCCCUAGGUGCCCAUGACCGGGCACUGCAGCACUAUCAGAACCACCUGAAUAUCGCCCGGGAGCUGCGUGACAUCCAGAGUGAGGCCCGGGCCCUCAGCAAUCUGGGUAAUUUCCACUGCUCUCGAGGGGAGUAUGUCCAGGCCGCCCCCUAUUAUGAACAGUACCUUCGGCUUGCUCCCGACCUGCAAGACAUGGAAGGAGAAGGGAAGGUCUGCCACAAUCUCGGCUAUGCCCAUUACUGCCUUGGAAAUUACCAGGAGGCCGUGAAGUACUAUGAGCAGGAUCUGGCACUGGCCAAAGACCUGCAUGACAAACUGAGCCAAGCAAAAGCUUACUGCAACUUGGGCUUAGCAUUCAAGGCUCUGCUGAAUUUCAGCAAAGCUGAAGAGUGUCAGAAGUACCUACUAUCCCUAGCCCAGUCCCUGAAUAAUUCCCAGGCUAAAUUUCGAGCCCUAGGGAACCUGGGCGAUAUAUUCAUCUGUAAAAAAGAUAUAAAUGGUGCAAUAAAAUUCUAUGAGCAGCAGCUGGGCUUAGCUCACCACGUAAAGGACAGGAGACUGGAGGCCAGUGCAUAUGCAGCCCUGGGCACUGCAUACCGAAUGAUCCAGAAAUACGACAAGGCCUUGGGGUAUCACACACAGGAACUGGAGGUGUAUCAGGAGCUGAGCGACCUGUCAGGAGAGUGCAGAGCUCAUGGGCACCUGGCGGCUGUCUACAUGGCCCUUGGGAAAUACACAAUGGCAUUCAAGUGUUAUGAAGAGCAGCUGGAUCUAGGGCAGAAGCUGAAGGAUCCAAGCCUAGAAGCGCAGGUCUAUGGCAACAUGGGCAUCACGAAGAUGAACAUGAAUGUAAUGGAAGAAGCCAUUGGCUACUUUGAGCAGCAGUUGGCCAUGCUGCAGCAGCUGAGUGGAAACGAGUCUGUGCUGGACCGGGGCCGGGCCUAUGGCAACCUGGGGGAUUGCUACGAGGCCCUGGGUGACUAUGAGGAAGCUAUCAAGUAUUAUGAACAGUAUUUAUCUGUGGCCCAGAGUCUGAAUCGCAUGCAAGACCAAGCCAAGGCUUACCGGGGCCUAGGAAGCGGACACAGGGCAAUGGGGAGCUUGCAGCAAGCCCUUGUGUGCUUUGAAAAGAGGCUCGUGGUUGCCCAUGAGCUUGGGGAGGCCUUUAAUAAAGCCCAGGCCUAUGGAGAGCUGGGAAGUCUGCACAGCCAAUUAGGGAAUUACGAACAAGCCAUUUCCUGCCUUGAACGCCAGCUGAACAUUGCUAGAGAGAUGAAAGACCGAGCUCUGGAAAGUGACGCAGCCUGUGGCCUGGGGGGCGUGUACCAGCAGAUGGGGGAGUAUGAUACAGCCCUGCAGUACCACCAGCUCGAUCUGCAGAUAGCAGAGGAAACCAACAACCCCACAUGCCAAGGCCGAGCCUAUGGGAACCUGGGCCUGACCUACGAGUCCCUGGGCACCUUCGAGAGGGCUGUGGUCUAUCAAGAACAGCACUUGAGCAUUGCUGCACAGAUGAAUGACUUGGUGGCCAAGACGGUGUCUUACAGUAGCCUCGGGAGGACCCAUCAUGCUUUGCAGAACUAUUCCCAGGCAGUCAUGUACUUGCAGGAAGGCUUAAGGCUAGCAGAGCAACUGGGCCGAAGAGAAGAUGAAGCCAAAAUUCGCCACGGUCUUGGCCUCUCCCUUUGGGCUAGUGGGAACCUGGAGGAGGCCCAACACCAGCUCUACAGGGCAUCAGCCUUGUUUGAAACGAUCCGACACGAAGCACAGCUGAGCACGGACUACAGACUCUCCCUCUUUGACCUGCAGACGUCCUCCUACCAGGCCCUGCAGCGAGUGCUCGUCAGCCUCGGCCAUCAUGAUGAAGCCCUGGCUGUGGCAGAAAGAGGACGGACAAGGGCAUUUGCCGAUCUUCUGGUAGAGCGACAGACAGGACAGCAGGACUCUGACCCCUACUCCCCGGUCACCGUCGAUCAGAUCUUAGAGAUGGUGAAUGGCCAGAGGGGACUAGUGCUUUACUAUUCCCUGGCUGCAGGCUACCUAUACAGCUGGCUGCUUGCUCCUGGGGCAGGAAUUCUGAAGUUUCACGAACACUACCUGGGAGAUAACACAGUGGAAAACUCCAGCGACUUCCAGGCUGGCAGCGGUGCAGCCCUUCCAACAGCCACCAGCUCGGCCCUGGAGCAGCACAUCGCCAGCGUGCGGGAGGCCCUGGGCGUGGAGUCUUACUGCUCGAGGGCCUGUGCCAGCAGCGAGACCGAGAGUGAAGCUGGAGACAUCAUGGACCAGCAGUUUGAGGAGGUGAACAACAGGCUCAACUCGGUCACCGACCCCACUGGCUUUCUCCGGAUGGUUCGCCGCAAUAACCUCUUUAACAGGAGCUGCCAGAGCAUGACCAGCCUGCUGGGCCCUGCUGCCUCGCCCGGCAAGGACGGCACCUCCUCUCUGCCCAGAAGGCAGGGCUCGCUGGCCCGGCCACCUCUCCGUGCUCUGUACGACCUGCUGGUGGCGCCCAUGGAGGGGGGCCUGAUGCACUCCAGCGGGCCCGUCGGCCGGCACCGGCAGCUGGUCCUGGUUCUGGAAGGGGAGCUCUACCUCAUCCCUUUCGCCCUCCUGAAGGGAAGCUCCUCCAACGAGUACCUCUAUGAGCGCUUCGCCCUCAUCGCCGUCCCCUCCAUCCGCUCCCUCGGCCCACAGUCCAAGUCUCACCUGAGGAAGAACCCGCCCACGUUCUCCAGCUCCACAUCCAUGGCAGCCGUGGUGGGCAAUCCCAAGCUCCCGUCAGCAGUGAUGGACAGGUGGCUGUGGGGCCCGAUGCCCUCGGCUGAGGAGGAAGCCUACAUGGUGGCAGAGCUGCUGGGCUGCCAGCCCCUGGUGGGCAGUGUGGCCACCAAAGAGCGGGUCAUGAGUGCCCUGACCCAGGCCGAGUGCGUCCACUUCGCCACUCACAUCUCUUGGAAACUGUCGGCCUUGGUCCUCACACCCAGUGUGGACGGCAAUCCCGCCGGCAGCAAGAGCUCCUUCGGCCACCCCUACACGAUCCCCGAGUCCCUGCGGGUGCAGGACGACACCAGCGACGGGGAGAGCCUCUCGGACUGCCCACCGCUGCAGGAGCUGCUGCUCACGGCCGCUGAUGUCCUGGACCUGCGGCUGCCCGUGAAGCUGGUGGUCCUCGGCUCAUCCCAGGAGUCCAACAGCAAAGUCACAGCCGACGGGGUCAUCGCACUGACACGGGCCUUCCUGGCGGCUGGCACACAGUGUGUCCUCGUGUCUCUGUGGCCUGUGCCUGUGGCCGCUUCCAAGAUGUUCCUGCAUGCCCUGUACUCGUCCCUGCUGAAUGGCCUGAAGGCCAGUGCGGCCCUGGGCGAGGCCAUGAAGGUGGUGCAGAGCAGCAAGGCCUUCUCGCACCCCUCCAACUGGGCAGGGUUCCUGCUCAUCGGGAGCGACGUGAAGCUCAACAGCCCCUCCUCGCUCAUCGGCCAGGCCCUCACAGAGAUCCUCCAGCACCCGGAGCGAGCGCGGGAUGCCCUGCGAGUGCUGCUGCACCUGGUGGAGAAGUCCCUGCAGCGCAUUCAGAACGGGCAGCGCAAUGCCAUGUACACGUCCCAGCAGAGUGUGGAGAACAAGGUGGGCGGCAUCCCCGGCUGGCAGGCCCUCCUCACCGCCGUGGGCUUCCGGCUGGACCCCCCAGCCAGUGGCCUGCCGGCAGCCGUCUUCUUCCCAACCUCCGACCCCGGUGACCGGCUCCAGCAGUGCAGCAGCACCAUCCAGUCCCUGCUGGGUCUGCCCAACCCUGCCCUCCAAGCCCUCUGCAAGCUCAUCACUGCCUCGGAGACAGGCGAGCAGCUCAUCAGCCGGGCUGUUAAAAAUAUGGUUGGAAUGCUCCACCAGGUGCUGGUCCAGCUGCAGGCCAGUGAGAAGGAGCAGGACUUCACAUCGGCCCCCAUUCAGGUCUCCAUCAGCGUCCAGCUGUGGCGGCUCCCGGGAUGUCAUGAGUUCCUAGCGGCUCUAGGUUUUGAUCUCUGUGAAGUUGGUCAGGAGGAAGUAAUUCUGAAAACCGGGAAACAGGCCAACCGACGAACCAUGCACUUUGCGCUGCAGGCCCUGCUCGCGCUCUUUGAUUCCACUGAGCUGCCCAAGCGCCUCAGCCUUGACAGCUCAUCCUCCCUGGAGUCUCUGGCCUCAGCCCAGUCUGUCUCCAACGCCCUGCCCUUGGGCUACCAGCACCCUCCUUUCUCUCCCACUGGGGCAGAGAGCACAGCCUCUGAUGCCAUCUCCGUGUACAGCCUGAGCUCCAUCGCCUCCUCCAUGAGCUUUGUCUCCAAGCCCGAGGGCGGGUCAGAAGGCGGGGGUCCGCGAGGACGGCAGGACUGUAAGACUGCUUACCCCCAGCGAUCCACCCUGCCUCGGAGCCAGCUAUCCCCCCAGACCCACCCUGCAGGCAGCAAAGACGAAGAAGAAUAUGAAGGGUUUUCCAUCAUCAGCACUGAGCCUUUGGCAGCCUACCAAGAAAACAGAAAGGCCCGCUUCUCACCAGAUCCCAAACAGUCCCGAGGGGGUACUGCUGGAGGUGUGAGAGUUUCGGUCAGCUCCAAGGGGAGCAUAAGCACUCCAAAUUCUCCAGUUAAGAUGACCCUGAUUCCCAGCCCAAACUCACCCUUCCAAAAGGUUGGAAAACUAGCAAGUUCAGAUACGGGAGAAUCAGAUCAGUCUAGCACAGAAACCGACAGUACCGUUAAGUCCCAAGAAGAAAGCAACGCAAAGCUUGAUCCACAAGAGCUGGCCCAGAAGAUUCUAGAGGAGACACAAAGUCAUCUCAUUGCAGUGGAGCGUCUUCAGAGGGGCGGCAGUCAAGGCAAGGGUACUAAUCCUGAAGAUGGCAUUUCCAUGCCCAAUAGUGCAGCCGUCUUCCGAGCGUCAGAAACAAGUGCGUUUAGCCGGCCUGCCCUCUCCCACCAGAAGAGCCAGCCAUCGCCGGUGACUGUCAAACCAAAGCCCCCAGCCAGAAGCUCAUCCCUACCCAAGGUGAGUUCAGGAUACAGCAGCCCCACCACCUCGGAGGUGUCCAUCAAAGACAGCCCGAGCCAGCAGAGCGGCCGGCCAUCGCCUGGCUCUGACUCCCAGACCUCCCUGACCGACCAGCCUCUCUUUAAGCUGAAGUACCCCAGCUCUCCUUACAGCGCUCACAUCUCCAAAUCACCAAGGAACAUGUCCCCAAGCUCAGGCCACCAGUCUCCUGCUGGUAGUGCACCAUCCCCAGCUCUCUCCUAUUCCUCAGCUGGUUCUGCUCGCUCGAGUCCGGCUGACGCUCCCGACAUAGACAAACUGAAAAUGGCAGCCAUUGACGAGAAAGUGCAGGCUGUCCACAACCUGAAGAUGUUCUGGCAGAGCACACCCCAGCAUUCCACGGGACCAAUGAAAAUAUUCAGGGGGACCCCUGGAACGAUGACUUCCAAAAGAGAUGUCCUCAGUCUAUUAAAUUUGUCACCUCGGCACAACAAGAAGGAGGAAGGAGUAGACAAGCUGGAACUUAAGGAGCUGUCUUUGCAGCAACAUGGAGAAACGCCACAAAAAGCCCCUCCCAACGGACACUGGCACACGGAGACCACCACGCUGAGCACGCUGCCACUGCCUGCCGGCCCUCCUGCCCCAGCUCCCACACGCCCUUUGAGACUUCCUUCUGGAAAUGGCUACAAGUUUCUGUCCCCAGGAAGAUUUUUUCCUUCCUCCAAAUGCUAAAGCAUCUUUUAUACCCACUGAUACUGACUCAGAGUGCAGCGCCUGCCGCCGGAUCUUAGCGCUCACUUGGCCUGCUCCUUGUCUGACAGCGGUCACCCCACCGAGGGUGUGCUCUCUGGGCGUGGUGCACCACCAUACCCAGAUGCCACCACACACACACCAGUGGCUCCUCUGGGACUCUAGGCCAGAUUCACCAAAAGCCAGGACUUCUGUGGGGUUGGUACAGGAGGCUCAUGGAAUUUUCUACACACCUCACCAAAUGUUUACCUUUGAACUCCCUGCUUCUCCUCUUUGAUGUGAUUCUUCAACAGGAUUUUUGUACAAAAGUGGUCAUGGUUCAGGGGUUGGGAGAGGAAAGGGAACACAUAUUUUGCUAAGAGGUAUAUAUGCAGUACCUUUUAUACACAGAAAUACAAAUAGAGCUUUUUUAAGGCUUUCAGGUGCUGGUUGGGGAUGGGAUAUAUAAAAUCUAAGUUGAAUUCUACACGAAAGUGUUAUUAUAGUAGCCAAAAACAGGAUACUGGGUUUAAAAAUGCCAAUGAUUUGUACUUAAAUUGUAGCAAUUUUGGUCUCACAACAUUGUAACAUCACAGUAACAAUGCAAUAACUCACUUGGAAAUAGAGCUUCCACCUCGAACUCUGCUCCAUCAGCUCUACAAACGUCCCUGGGGCCACACUGUCAACCAAACUUGAAUUUUUAAAGAAAAUUCAUGUAACUCUUAUCCAGGCAUUUUAGAACUAUGCAAUUGUGAUUUAAAAUGCAACUUUGUGCUUUUAAAACAUUACUGACCUUUUUUGUACAUGGAUAAACAACUCGGUUUUAUUAUCAAUAGUACUUUGCAUUUAUAGCUAUUAUUUUUAAAAGCUCAAACUGUUUUUUAAAAUGUCGAAUUUUGAAUAGUCAUCAAUAAGCAAUUAUCAAGUUUGGGGAGGUUGAAAUUAUUAACAAACAACAACAACAAAAACCCCACAAACCUACAACUAACUAGAUUUAACCAGAAUCUAGCUUCCAGCUCCUAUUUCCCUUUAUUACAGCUUCAUUUUAUUCUCUUUCCCCAACUCCAGGCCUCUGAAACCCCUUCUAUCUAAGUCGGUUGCCAGGUUCACACAAUCUCAGCACCUAUGAGCUGCGUUUGGACCUUCAUCUUAGCCGCGACUGGUGGCCCUUGCUCCUGUGGCCCUUUCAUGUCCACAGCCUCAGAAACGGGGCCUUCUGCUGAGAUACACAUCUGAAUUAUUGCUGAACAGGGAAAUAGAUAUUCCUAAAAGUGCUGUCUUAGGGGAAAAGUGGGAGGACUUUCCCUACAGCUCACUGAAAUUACUGCCAGCUGGGAUGAGACAAAAGAAUAGUCUAGGUAGGAAGAACAAUUAACUUAUUUUAAUAAAGAAAAUGAAAUACUGAAAAUCAUGUUUAGUUGGAGAAUUCACAUAAGCCUUUUUUAGGUAAUUCUGAAAUUAAAAUCCUACCAUCCUCACUGUGAGGGUACAUCACACAGAGGUGGUCAGCCACUGGGCCUGGGACCAGCAACACAGGGAGCGGACAUGAGGGCCUGGCAGGUGGGACACUAACAUCAAGACCCCCAGGUGGUUUUUUAGCCUUGGGUAGGAUCUCACUUUAUGCACAGACAUUGACUAUUUGCCCUGGUCCUCACUGUACUCUGAAAGGAGGAAAAGAUGAUAUUUAUUCAAUCUGUGUUACUCUCCUGAGCUACGUCAUAGUUUUUUUGUGCUUAACCCAACAGCCAUGUUGACAAAAGCAAAGAGUAAGGAUGUCACAUUCUAACCCUGAUCCCAACACUGGAAGAGAAAUACUUUAUAAAGAAGCAAGCAACUAUGAGUUUGUCUUUAUGUCUUUUAUACAUGGUAAUAAAAGUACCAGUAUAGCGAACAAAAGCCACGUUUAUAGCACUGUGCAUUUAGCUAGCAAAAUCAGGUCCUCAAUAACAAGAAAUAAACCUCAAAGUAAAUUUUUGAAUCCAUAUAUAGAGAGUUAGGCCGUUCCUUUCUCAGCAACUCUCAGCCUCUUUCCCAAGUGCCAGGGAGCCCUGGAGGAAAGGCCUGGGGACUGUGCUCUGUCUGUGAGGACGAGGGCGCAGCCCUGUCUGCCCAGCUCUGGGCUCACACCCUCCACCACCCAGACCGCUUCCCAUGGCUGCUGAGCCAGCUAGGAGGACUCGUGGACCCUAACCUGGUUUCAGUUCUUACGUACAUUUGUUGUUGUAGGUUUCAUGUUGAAAAGCCAAAUGGAAGAUGUGAUUUUUUUUUUUUUGGUCCUAGAUAUAAGCUUCAAUGAAGGAAAGCAAGGAUGAUGAAGUAACAGGACCAAUCUAAAAAUCACUGUGGAGUUGCCCCUACAUGUUUACUGUCAGUCUUGGUGUUUUCUAUGUAAGUGAAAUUGAUGUAAAAUCAAAGUGAAUUUUUCAGGCUACCCUGAAAAAAGUAUGCACUUAAAAGUUAUGCUGAGAUUGUAUAAUUCACAGAUUUCUUUGUACAGAUCAGGGGUUGGCAAACGAUGACCCAUACGCUAAAUUUGGUCAGAGGCCUGGUUUUUCACAACCAUGAGUGAGGAAUGGAUUGUACAUUUUUACAUAUUUAUAUAAGUACCUACAUAAUAUUCUUGAUUUUACCUCUUGGUCCACAAAACCUAGAAUAUCUGGCCUUUUAAGAAAAAGUUUGCUGACUCCAGACGUAGAUGACAGAAAACACAGUUAGAAUAAUGUUUUGUUUCUACAAUCUAGGGAAAGUGAGUGUCAGGCUGUGGAUAGAACUGUCAGGCAUGUGUGGGACCUGAGCCAUGAGAUGGACCCCAAUGACUCCUGCACAGUCCUUGGCUCUCAGCCCCACGUGGAAGUAGUCGAUGGGUGGGGGUGAAAUUUACAAAAAUAUUUUUCCUCACUGUAUGCAGAUAGCAUUGGAUCUAUUUCUUUUACAGCUCAGGAACCUGGAACGCCCUGCCCCUACUCUCCUCUAUCAGAUGCAAAUAUACUGAAUACAAGCAAUAAAAUCUCCCUCUCCUAGAAGCCUUGGUAUGACCACAAAGCAAGGCAGUAGACUCUUGUCUUAAUUCUCACCAGCAAACCACUCAACUACUUCAAUGAUUUUAACUAAGUCAGUAGGCCAAGGUAAAAUUAGCUACUAAAGCUUACAUUUUGAUGCAUAUUGGUAUGUAGUAAAUGAAAAAGUCCUCACCUCCAUC